AUGGCGGCGGUCGCGGAGAAACAAAAUAAGGAAGUUCUGUAAAUCGUGUACAGUUUGUGUUGUUUUUAUUUAUUUAUUUUCUUAAAAUAAAUGCCAUUUUAGCAGUAAUGGUUGCUGUAUUUAUCCGACAGUGUUUGCCGCUGCUGGCAUGUCUCGUGGCUCUUGUGUUCGGUGGGAAAAUGAAAAUUGUGGAGGAACCAAACACAUUCGGGUUGAAUAAUCACUUGCUUUCACCGGGCAGCCAGCUGCAGGCCAGAGUUUCUCCGUCGCCCGUCUCCGGUCCUUCUCAUCUCUUUCGACUGGCGGGAAAAUGCUUCAGCUACACAGAGUCCAUGUACAAGUACGACUUCUGUCCGUUUCAUAACGUGACGCAGCACGAGCAGAGCUUCAGGUGGAACGCCUACAGUGGAAUCCUGGGGAUCUGGCAGGAGUGGGAGAUCGAGAAUAACACCUUCACGGCGAUGUGGAUGAGAGAAGGAGACGCCUGCGGGGGCAAGAACAGACAGACCAAGGUCUUUUUUACGUGUGGGAACAGCAGCAGGCUGGCACGAGUGUCCGAGCCACAGACGUGUGUGUACUUUUUGACAUUUGAGACGCCGCUUGUGUGUCACCCUCACUCCCUCCUCGUGUACCCAGUGCUGAGUGAGAAACUGCAGAAGGAAUGGGAUGAGAUUGAACAGGCUCGAUAUGAAGAACUCAUCACUGAACAGGGCUACAACAAGAUGCUGAGGGACGUGUUCGAAGAGGCUGGGUUUCUGAAACAAGCGAAACAGUCCCAUAAGGAGGAACAACAGACCGCCAGUCCGAAACAUCACAAUCUGGAACAGUGCACACAGGAAUUUGAGAAGCAGCACGCCGAAAUCGAGCGACUGCGUUCUCUCCUGAGCCAACACAACAUCUCAUAUGAACCGGGAACUGGACGGCCGACUCCGCCGCCAAGCGCUCUGCAGGACUACCACCUCAGGGGUGACGCAGGGAUCCUGGAUAACGUUUAGCACCUUCACUUUUUGCAGUAUUUUAAUUUAAAGACUCAGACUUUACCCUAAAACAUGUGAUAUUGAUGUCAAGAUGAAGCUUUGUACAAAAUAAAACACACCGAAUACAA